AAUUUUAUUUAUUUUCAUUGCUAAAAUUAGCAACCAUAAAAUGUAUUGUUCUCUUCAAAUAAUGUUUAAACAUUAGACUCGUGUGUCGGUAUCUAAUCACACAAAAAAUGAAUUGAAGCCCUGGUUCUUAUCAUAAUUUCAUUAAUCCAACUCUAAACUUGUUUUCGUGGGUUAAUAAAUUUAUUGUUAAGAAUAAAAUAUAAUAGAAUAUUCUUUUUUUAUCAGAUAUCAGAUUUAAAUUUAAAAUACACUCAAAACUAUACUACAGUACAGUCUUUCGUACCGAUCGGACGUGUUUGUGGUUUGUUAGUAUCUACCGUGUAAUAAAAUAUUAUCUAAUGAUAAGUCAUAAGUAAUACAUCUUUAGAAAUGUCGAGACAAGUCGAUACGCCAAUUUUAAAGAUAACAAAUUUUUCUAACACGCAUUGAUCAUUCAAUAAAUUAUGUAAUGAACUUGCUGAGUUCCAUUGAUGAAAAGCAUAAUAGAGGUAUGCAGGAAAUAAACAAUAAAUUAAAAGUCUACGAAAAUAACUUUACCAAUUUAAGGAAUAAAUUGGAUGAACUAGUGACCUCAUUUAAUAAUUUGCAAAAAGAAAAUAAUUUAUUAAAAUCUGAAUUAAAUUAUUUGCGAGAUAGAGUGAAAUUGAUUAACUUUGUUGACCAAAAUAACAUCGAUCUUGUAAACGAAGUUAAUGAAAGAUUAUCUAGAUCACGCAAUAUUAUAAUUUUUAAUUCAGAAGAUGAUAUUAUUAGUGAUGAAGCAAUUGUUAACGAUUUAAUAUAUAACAUGAAAGUAAAUGUACCUAUUGCUAAAAUCCAAAGAAUAGGUAACUUAUCAUCUAAAAAUCUGCCUUUACGAAUUACAUUCAAUGAUACAUCAGAUGUGACUACCAUUUUAAAAUCAAAAUCAAAAUUACGAAAUACAGAUAAAUAUAAAAAUUUAUGGAUAAACUCGGACCUGACAAAUUAUCAACGUGAACAAAUGAAAUAUUUUUGUCAUGAACUUCAACAAAAGAAAAAUAGCGGUGAAAGAAAUUGGAUUAUAAAAUAUGUUCAUGUUGUACCAACACUUUUCAGAAAAACUGAUUCAGAUCGUGCAAAAAACCUGGUUAUCUACUGACAUAACAAAUAAUGAGCUCGGGUUUGAUAAAUUUAAUGUUUAUCGGAUAGACCGGAUAAAGAAGACAAGUACUUGCAAGAGGGGAGGUGGUGUGUUGAAAGGUGGUGUUUAUUAUAAAAAGGACAAUUCUAGUAGUCUAAAAGGGCCUAUAAGGGCAGCAAGACUUUGUAUUUUAAGUUUGCUUUUGCCUGGUAUUUUAGUCAUAGCUCCUUUGUAUAUUCGAUAUCAUGUAUACUCUGACCAUAAGUACCCUUUAGCUGUUACUGAUAUGAGAAUAUUAGAUCAAAAAAUGUCAACUUUUUGGUGUCAACGACAUAUUAUUAAUACAAAUGCUACUUUUAAUGCAUUUCUAAUGCCAGAAAAGCCAUCAAUGUUACCAAAAAUGGAAUAUGUUGAAAUGGAAAGGCAUAUUACACUAGAAGAUGAUACUAAAGAAUAUUGGGGAUUUUAUUUAUUAAAAGAUUCUAUUGUAAAAGUAUCUACAUGUUCAAGGUGGCCAGGUGCUAGUAUUAUAGUUAUUAAGGGACACAAGCAUUUAAAAGAAUGCGCUUAUUUAGGAGAUAAUUCUAGUGAAGAGCUUGAUGAAAUUGAAUCAUCCGAAGAAGGGAAUGAUACACAUAUCAUUAAUUUUAUGAGAAAACUCACUUCUGGUAUGACUGUACCUGAUAUGGCACCCGACGUAGUUUAUCUUACUCAUCAUCCACAUGAUAUUAUUUUAAACCGAACAAACUUGAAACGAUCCAGUAAAACUGCUAAUCAUCAUUUAGAUUAUGCUGAGGAUUUAUAUCAAAAAGAAAUGAAAGAAAAAAUUGAAAGUGAAGAUUAUGUAGUUCAAACCAAAAAAACUAAGCCAAUUAUCUCAAACGGAGAAGUAAUAAGUAAUAUACUUCAAUCUAAAGAAUUGAUCGAAGAAUCAUUACGGAAAUUAGGAAAUCAAGGGGAAGAUGGUGCUGCACUUUUGCGUAAAUUAAAAGAAGUUCUUAAAAAUGAUCUAAACGAUCCAGUGAAUGACACAGUUGAAUCCACGAACAGACUUUAUCAGAUAAUUGAAAAUGCAAUGGCUGAUGAUGAUACGUCAUGGCGUGGUCCUAGGUUGAGACAUUAUCGUAGUAGAUUUAAGCGAUCGGUUAGUAAUAAAGAAGACCAAGAGAACUUGAGCAAAGAAUUAUUCAAACAUGAUCAACAUAAUGAUGCAGCAAAUGAAGAGACUGAUACGCGUUCAGCAGAUGGAAUUGCACAAGUUCGUGGCAAAGUAACCACAAAUAAAACGCAAAUAAUAAAAGAUGGUAGUCAUAGCGAAUUUUGGUCAUCAUUUUCUAGUAGUGAAGAAAUGCUCCUUGAAUGUGAAGGUCUUUUAUUGAGCUUACCAUUAGCACCACAUCACAAAUGUUUACCAUUAAAUAAACAACCUGAUUACAAUGUAGCCAGCCAUCAGAAUACCGUUACAUACAAGGUCCCCAGUGAAGGUUAUUAUUUUUUUGUGUUCAACAGCGAGAAUGAAAUUCAAGAUAAUUUCAUGCGUAUUCAUUUUGCAAUUAACAAAACAGUAUAUGAUGUUUCAAAACCAAUUUCAUCUUGCAUCAAUACCACUGGUGAAUGCAAAUUAUCUUUAAACUUUUGGUCACAUCAAACUACAGUGUUAGAAAUGAUAAAAGCAGGCCCAAGUAGUGAUUCUGAAGAUGAAUUUAUAGCUAUCUCUACAUGCCAGCCCAGAUCUGCAGUUUAUGCCAUUUUUUUGAUAGCAGCACCAGUUUUGUUUGUAUUAUUUUCUUUUCAUUGAUCUUUAAUUAUAUCUGAUAUUAUAUCUAAAGUAACUAGACUAAUGUGAUAUUUGCACAGCAUCAAUUAUCGCUUACAUAAUUUUAAAGCUUACACUUUAAAUAUUCAAGUCAUACAUUAUAAGAUUAAAAAUACCAUAUGUUUCA